GGUGGGGCGUAGAGAAAGGAGGAUGCUAGCAUGCAUCGCGUGUUCGACCAAGGACGGCGGAGAGGACGGCGGCCGGGCUGCCGCCACGCACAACGGCAGAGACGCCAGCAAGUCUCUCACCUCGCAGUUGAAGGACAUGGUGCUCAAGUUCUCUGGCUCUGGCAAACACUACAAGGCCACCGGGAGCCCAUCAUUCAGAGGCAAUCGCUUCCACCGCUCCAGCCGGCUUGCCGCGUACCCGGGCGUCGUCGACGACUCGGGCUUCACGUCUGACGGUGCCGGCGAGGCAUACAGCUACAUGAGAACAACGUCGAGCACAGGGGCACGCACUGCCCCGUCAUCGACGUGGGACAUGCCCAAGAUCAACCAUGGUUUCCAGACGCACGUGAGAAACCCGAGUACGAGCUGGAUACCGAGCAUCGGGGAGGCGGACGAGGAGGAGGACGAUGAUGAUGAUGAGACAGUUGUCCUGGAGGAAGACCGCGUGCCGAGGGAGUGGACGGCACAGGUCGAGCCUGGCGUGCACAUCACCUUCGUCUCCAUCCCCGGCGGCGCGGGUAACGACCUCAAGCGCAUUCGGUUCAGCCGGGAGAUGUUCAACAAGUGGGAGGCGCAGCGGUGGUGGGGCGAGAACUACGACCGCGUCGUGGAGCUUUACAACGUGCAGACGUUCCGGCAGCAGGGCCUCUCGACGCCGUCGUCCUCCGUCGAUGACGCCAUGCAGAGUGAAUCGUUCUACUCCCGCGCUGGCUCGACGAGGGAGAGCCCAGUGGUGAUGCUGCCACCAUCAGCGACGGUGAGGCCGAUCAGCCGGACGACGUCGUACAAGGCGGCGUCCACGGCCCGGGGGACGUGCUACCCGUCCACCGCCGUGCCGGACCCGUCCGACCACGUGUGGGCGCACCACUUCAACAUGCUCAACUCCGCCGCGGGCGCGGGUGCGUCGUCCAUGCCGUCGAGCGCCGGCGCCCCGGGCCCGUACGACCCUUCGCGCGCCACCACGUCGUCCCUGGACGAGGCCUCCGUGUCCGUGAGCAACGCGAGCGACCUGGAGGCGACGGAGUGGGUGGAGCAGGACGAACCGGGCGUCCACAUCACCAUCCGCGAGCUCGGCGACGGCACGCGGGAGCUCCGCCGCGUCCGCUUCAGCCGGGAGAAGUUCGGCGAGGAGCGAGCCAAGGUGUGGUGGGAGCAGAACCGGGACCGGAUACACACGCAGUAUCUGUAGCGAGACACACAGAAGCUAACACGUACGUCAGUCAGGUCCAGGAUGAGUCGUACUAGAUUAGAGUGGAGUGAUGGUGUGAUACUUAAGUAGUGGUACUACGGUUAGUUAAAACGUCUAGUUUCUACAGAGUGAACAGAGAGAGAGUUAUGCUUUGGUUUGAGACGCAGUAGGCUCAGGUUGCUGCUGCUUGUGUAAAAAUGGCAUCGCCUAAGAUCGGUCUGCAUCUUUGCUGAACAGUAAUAUUCAUUUGUUUAUUUGUA